AUGUUCGAAAACUUCUCCUUCACCUCGCCGUCGUCGCGACCCGACCGCCUCGCCCUCGACACCGACGACCGGCUAAUGGUCGACAGCGACAGCAACCUAAUCUCCCCACUCUCCUCACGCUGUCCCUCACCACAAUCCCAACGCUUCCGCAACAUCUCGCGCUCGCGCUUCACCCGCAACCAAAGCCAAAACCAACAACCCCCAACCUCCGUCCCCUUCCCCUAUGACUCAGACCACAACCACAAGCGCCUAUCGAUUGCAACCCUAACGCAGAAACUGCACGAACACACCCUAGGCGACCAAAACCGAGCCAGCAGACACACACAAGGCUCCCGGCGCUCCCCGGGCGCAGGCUACGUCCUCACACCACCAGACACAGACCACUCCGACGACUCCGGUGUCGACUGUCUCUCCUCGCCCUCUGCCUCCUCAACAACAAGCCCGACUUUCCCCCCGCACCUGAUGUCCGACCUACCAGCUUUCGGCUCCGAACGCCCCUUCUACCCCCAGCCACAUCCCUACCACCAUGACGUCCGCAUGCAGCGCCAGCAGAUCUCUAGGCUGCAGUGCAACGAGUCAGAGGUCGAGGCCAUGCAGCGCUCGCUGAUGGAGGACCCUUCUGCGUCGGCGGACCUCUGCGACGGGGAGGAUUGUCAUCCCAGCUCGUUGCCGCCGCGGGCGUCGCCGCGGAGAAGAGCGGUUGCGCUGUCGCGGAGUCGGUUUGGGCCGGAGGGUGUGGCGGAGGGGAGGGGUAGGAGGAAGAGUUCUUCCGCUGGGGUUUUGGCGAGUCGCAUUGAGAAGAGCCAUUAUGGGUUUGGGAAGAGGAAUGAGCAGGGUCUUCGGAGGAAGAGUCUUGUUAGUGCGGCGUUGGCGUCGAUGGUGGAGAGGGAUGAUGAUUAG